UCCGGAACACCGGGACUGGGUCAGUUGCCACCGGGCCGGAGCUCUCGCUGCUGCCGCCGGGGCCAGGCAAAGGAUAAAGUCUAUCCGCCUUUGCCCGCUCGUUUCUGGGUGUAAAAGUUUGACCUGGGCGUAGCGCAGAGGCAGAAGUCUACCUAGUGUCCCAGUGCUAAUAUGGACUGGUGUAACUUUCAGAUUUAAGUAGCAAGUGGGAUUAAGUUUUAGUUUUACAACCAGCUCGUGCAUUCGGCUCCGGGACCUCGCGUCACGGACCAGACUGGACCGGGAUUUGAACCAGUUUGAUCUCUUCAUAUUGGACAAUAGACUUUUGGAGACAGAACCAAUAGGACAGUGGAUAGAGGAAACACUCUGCUUCAGUCUCUGUAGAAGCGCUGACGCAAAAGGCUGAGCGACCGAGGAUAAAAGCAGGAAGCUACUUAGUUCCAAACAUCAGCAUGGAGUCUUUGCAUCCUGACAGAAUGCGAUCCUACAUCGACGUUGUAGAUUUGCUCCGUCCUCUGAAGCAGGACCUGGCGCUGCCCACUAUCGCCGUCAUCGGAGACCACAACUCGGGGAAGAGCUCUGUGCUGGAGGCGCUCUGUGGGGUGCCGCUGCCAAGAGGGCUAGAAAACACUGUACAUCUAAGAAUGAACAAAACAAAAGGAAGUGAAUGGUAUGCCAUAUUCAAGUACCGCAAACAGUCAAGCUCGUCAUUUGAGGAGAAAAUAAUACAUCACCGCAAGGAUGUGGCAGAGACAGUAAGAAUACCUUGGAACUACAUGCACAGUGGCAUGUUUAUUCUGGAAAUUUUCUCUCCUGAUGUACAAGACCUGACACUCAUUGCUCUUCCCAGUAUCCCCACUGAUGAAGGAUAUGAACAAACUAAGAACAAGAUAAAAACACACAUAAUGGAGUUCACCACAAACCCUGAGUGCAUCAUUUUAAUGGUGGUCCCUUGUAAUGUGGACAUAACUACAACAGAGGCUUUCAAGUUGGCCCAGGAGGUGGAUCCUGAUGGAGAGAGAACUUUGGGUAUCUUGACCAAACCUGAUCUUGUUGACCAAGAUAAGGAAAAGGACAUUGUUGCCAUUGUCCAAAACAAGUUCAUCAAGUUAAAGAAAGGAUUUAUGAUUGUAAGAUGCUAUGAUCAAACUAAAAAUUCAGUUAUGGAUCCCAUUGAGAAAGAACAAACCUUUUUUAAAGAUCAUGCUCUUUUCAAAUCUUUUUAUGAUGAUGGAUUUGCUACAUUUCCUAAACUGUCUGAAAGACUCUGCAAGGAGCUGAUGCAACAAACUGAGAAAAACCUUCCUCAACUAAAAGAAUAUGUAAAGAAAGAGCUUCUGGAGGCUAAUGCUGCACUAAAGAGACUUGGAGACGCACCUCCAUCUGAUGAAGCUGACAAACUGACUUUCCUCACUAAUAAACUUACCAAGUUCAUUCAAGAUGUAAUGAGACUCACAACAGGGGAUCUAAUGGAUCUCACAGACCAAAAUGUAUUUGAUGUAUGGAGAAAAAUUGUCAAGGACUCUGAUGAAUCAUUUCAGUGUAAAUUGGAGGUGGAGUUGGCCCAUCAACAGUCAGAGGUCAGUAACUUUGAGACACUGGAGCAUUUGAUUAAACACCAAAUCAAACUUCUGGAGGAUCCUGCUCUUUUCACACUCAACAACAUGACAGAAAUUGUUAGGAAUGAGUUACUGAAGCUGAUGGAGAACCAUUUUUUGGGAUUCAACAACCUCAUCUGCAAAGUAAAGAGUACAAUUUCUGAUGUGACUUCAAAAAAACAAAUGGCAGCAGAGUCAUGGCUGAGGACUCACCUCAGGAUGGAGCAGUUUGAAGUUCAGGCAGAGGCCAGCAGGUGUAAACAAAAGACAGAGAAGAAAAGAGGCACUGCAACACAACUUUACUCAUAUUAUCAGACUGUCUGUCAGCGAUUGGCCUGCCAUAUCCCAAUGAUGAUCCGCUUCUACAUGUUCAAAGAAUUAUCCACUGAACUGCAGACAAAACUAUUGCAAAUUCUGAAUGACACUAAAGUCUCAAAUUUGCUUAAUUACAACUUAGUAGGACUAAGACGGGAAACUGAGAGAAGCUUCAUUCCUCUGACAAAGGCACAGAUUAUGUUGUUAAAAUUGUAAAGCAUCCCAUUUAAUGACAGAUAAAAUGACUGAAUUACUCCAAGAGUAAUUAAGUCCCUUAAAAGAUUUUUGUCUUUUAAGCACUUGUCUUUGAAUUCUGUUUUGCGUACUGCUUUUCCUUCACACUGUUUAAGAGAUAUUUCAUUUAGAAAAUCAGUUUGCCAAUCUUGGCUGGUCAUAUUGGUCUAAUAAUGUAAUAACUGCAAUCAAAGUAGUAAACUCCAUGCAAUGGUUUUGAAUUACAUUUUUAAGAUGUAUUUUUCUACAGCCUAAAUAUGUUUGUUAUAUGAUUAAAUAUGUUAAUGAAACCUGUUUGUCACCACUCCACAAUGCACAUUCUUUGCCUAUGUUGCAUUAUGCUUCAAGUACUUUUGAUAAUAAAUAAAAAAGAAAAUACA